AGUAAUGUUAUGAAUGUCUUAAAAGUCUCUCAGUCACCUGCAGGACCAAAAUGGAGAAGCCAUCCCAGGUGUGGUGGUCCCUGUUGCCAGACAACACUGCCUUGAAGCAGCAGCGAUUGCCGGCCUACCGGCUGCAGCUCUCAGCCUCCAAGGUCCUCUCCGGCUUCUUUGCCACGGGAGCAUUGUGCCUGGGCAUGGGCAUCAUCCUUCUAUUGUCUGCAAAGAGCACCAAGGAAAUAGAGAUAAAUUACACAAAUAUAUGUGCAAAUUGUGCAAAACUUCGGGAAAACGCCAUUAAUUUUGACAAAAAAUGCUCCUGCUCCAUUCCUUUUUACCUGCCAGAGACAAUGAAAGGUAAUGUUUAUAUGUACUACAAAUUAUAUGGCUUCCAUCAGAACCUCUAUCAUUAUAUUCUAUCCAGAAGUAAUAACCAACUGAUGGGUAAAAAUAUAAAGGAUGUUGAACGCUGUGAUUCAUUCAAAAAGACCCACAAUGGAACCCCCAUCUGUCCUUGUGGAGCUAUUGCCAACAGCAUGUUCAAUGACACCAUCAUUCUUUUAUAUAAUAUUAAUUCAUCUAUAUAUAUCAAAGUCCCAAUGCUAUCAAGGGGAAUUACAUGGUGGUCAGACAAGUUCAUCAAGUUUCAGAAUCCAAAUUCCAAUGAUCUUUCUAGUGCAUUUGCAGGAACUGCAAAGCCCCCAAACUGGCCUAAGCCUAUCUAUGAACUGGACGAAAAGGACUCAGGGAACAAUGGCUUCAUCAAUGAGGACUUCAUUGUGUGGAUGCGGACAGCUGCCUUUCCCACUUUCAAGAAACUACACCGUCAACUCAAUCGAGUACAGCAUUUUACUGAAGGUUUGCCUGCUGGUAACUAUAGUUUCGACAUAGCCUACAACUUUCCAGUCACCAGAUUCCAAGGCGAGAAGUCAGUUGUUCUCUCCACCCUGACGUGGAGCGGGGGCAGCAGCCUUUUCCUCGGUCUCGCCUACACAGUGACAGGCGCCGUGACGUGGUUGGCCUCCUUUUCCAUGAUGGCGAUUCACUUGAUGCUGGCCAAAAGGAAUGUUCUUCCCCAACUACAAAGUCAAGCUCUGAAAAGAAGAGCAGAAAGCACGGACGUGGUCGGUGAAGUGACAGAGCCAAAGACCUCUGACGAGGCUGGAAGAGAGACAGGAGAUCGGAAGCAAGAGGUUGGUGUGCUGGAAGGAAGGGGCCAUGAUCCAAAGAAUGCCGGCAGCCUCUAG